CCUUUUUACCUUUGAGUAUUGAUUAAUUCAUAUAAAAAAUGACCGUCAAGCGCAGGAACCACGGACGCAGCAAGAAGGGACGCGGACACGUCAAGUUUAUCCGUUGCGAUAACUGCUCCCAGGCCGUCCCCAAGGAUAAGGCCAUCAAGCGUAUCAUCAUCCGCAACAUGGUUGAGGCUGCCGGUAAGCGUGACAUGGACGAGGCUUCGGUCUACGAGUCGUACGAGAUCCCCAAGCUGUACCUGAAGAACCAGCACUGCGUCGGCUGCGCCAUUCACAUGAAGACCGUCCGCGUCCGCUCCCGUGUUGAGCGCCGCAACCGCGCUCCCCCUCCCCGCUUCCGCGCCAACAAGGACGGCAAGAAGCCCACUGCCCCCAAGGCCUCCGCCUAAAGCGUGUAGCGCAUAGCAUCUUGUAGAGAUGCGCUGUUUCAUUUGCCAGCUUGCAAAACCUUGUCAGUAGCGCAUAUGGAGCGGCUGGGAUCACUGUUUUUAUUCUUAUCUUUAUUUUGUUGAAUGGACACGAUGAUUUCGGUUUUUUUAUUCUUA